AUGACCAAGGACGAUGCGGACUACAUAAAGAGAAACAAACAAAUUUGGAGAUGUAGCAGCUGUUCCUCUACACGUCGCAAAAGUAUGGUGAGUGAAUCGACAACAGGAAACAAGGACGUGACUCUCCAAGAACUCGCAGGAGUUCUUGAGGUAAUUGCAGGAAAUCAGACGUCGAUGAAGGAGAAUAUUAAGAAAAUGGAGUUGGAGCUUGGGAAAUCAAUUGAAUCAUGUCAUCAGGCGAUUAACGACAUAAAUAAGAAGUUUGAUGAACAAAACAAGCAAAUUAGCACAUGCCUCAUCAACAUCGAUAAGCUUUCAACAGAAGUAGCUAGCCUCAGGAAAGAAAAUGCAGAACUGAAGGAACGCGUCGAGGAUAUGGAACAAUACUCAAGAUCGAACAUGCUGGAAAUAAAUGGUAUACCCAAAAAACAGGAUGAAGAUGUAACAGAAAUCAUUUGUAGAAUGAGCGAAGCAUUAGGACACAAAAUAAAAGCAGAUGCAAUCGACAUUUGUCACAGACUUAAACAACGAAAUGAAAACCUACCUCCACCAAUCGUUGUCAAGUUCGUUCGUAGAACAGACAAACAAGUAAUAUUGAAUAAAAGGAAAGUUACGAGGCAGUUUUCUACAAAGCAGAUGGGAGAAACAACGGACCAUCCAGUCUAUGUGAAUGAAAGUCUAGCACCUACGCGAAGAAGGAUUUUCACCAUGGCGAGAGAGAUCUUCAAAAGAGGCGACAUCAAAUACCUAUGGAUCAAGGAAGGGAAGAUUCUAGCUAGGAAAGAAGACGGAACACCAGUUAUUGAACUCAAGAACAGUGAACAAGUGAAAAAGUUGAGCGUGAUAAGUGCAUCUAAGCAGCCAGGUAACCAAGAAAAUAACAGUGUCAGUACCGUAAAUAAAAAUGUCAUCAGAGAUAAGUAG